GCGGCGGAUGCAGAAACCACACUGUCCACACUGAGACACCGAAACUCUCAUCGUAUAUAAAGUGGUUUGCUUGGCAUUCGUGCAAAUCCCUCACAAUCAGAUCCAACGGCUGACACCAAACCCCAUUCGUGAAAUCCAACGGCCACAAGAACGACCGCGUUUACGAAACAAACCCAACCCAUGUAUCCUUCAUCCUCUUAAGUUUAGUUAUACCCUUCCACCGCGCCCCGCUCUCUUUCUCUCUUUCUCUCUCUUCCCAAUUUUCCCAGAUUCACCUCUUUCUCUCUCUAAAACUAAAAAACCUCACUCCUCACCCGUUUCUGUUACAGAGAGAGAAAGUUUCUCUGUUAUUGUUGUAACCGUUUCUUUCUUUUUCAGUUAACAAGAUGGAACAAUCCAACGGUUCUGAUUCGCCGCAGCAAAACCAACACAAACAACAGCAACCGUCGUCAGACAACCAUCAACCGCAACAACCGAAGCAGCAACAACGGCAACAUCCACCGGCCGUUGCGGUGCCGACGCAGCAGUGGAUGCCGUAUCCUGCGGCGGCCAUGGUAAUGCAGCACCACAUGUUGCCGCCGCAGCACUACGCGCCGCCUCACUACGUGCCUUAUCACCAUCCCUACCACGCGCCGGCUCCACCUCCUCCGCCUCACGUGGCUCACCACAACCACCAGCAGCACCAGCAUGGAUCCGGCGGCGGUGAGAACAAGACGGUUUGGGUUGGAGAUUUGCAUCACUGGAUGGAUGAGAACUAUCUCCAUCGAUGCUUCGCUUCCGCCGGAGAGAUUUCAUCCAUCAAGGUUAUUCGCAAUAAGCAGACUGGUCUAUCAGAGGGUUAUGGAUUUGUUGAAUUUCAUUCACAUGCCACGGCUGAGAAGAUUUUACAGAGUUAUGCUGGAAUUUUGAUGCCGAACACAGAGCAACCUUUCCGCCUGAACUGGGCGACAUUUAGUACAGGAGAGAAGUCCUCAGACAAUGUUCCUGAUCUUUCUAUUUUUGUAGGAGAUUUAGCUGCAGAUGUUACAGAUAGUUUGUUGCAUGAAACGUUUGCUAGUGUGUUUCCUUCUGUUAAAGCUGCAAAAGUUGUCUUUGAUGCCAAUACUGGCCGUUCAAAGGGCUACGGUUUCGUUAGGUUUGGAGAUGAUAGCGAGAGGACGAAAGCUAUGACUCAAAUGAAUGGCGUUUACUGUUCUAGCAGGCCUAUGCGUAUUGGCGCUGCAACUCCAAGGAAAUCAUCUGGCCAUCAAGGAGGCCAGGCAAAUGGCGCAUCCAGCCAAUCUGAAGCAGAUUCUACAAACACAACUAUAUUUGUUGGAGGACUCGACCCUAAUGUUACAGAUGAAGAUCUUAGGCAGCAAUUCUCUCAGUAUGGUGAGAUAGUAUCUGUUAAGAUACCUGUUGGAAAGGGGUGUGGUUUUGUCCAAUUUGCAAUCAGAAAUAAUGCUGAAGAGGCAUUGCAGAAGCUAAAUGGGACAGUGAUUGGCAAGCAAACAGUUCGUCUUUCUUGGGGCCGUAAUCCAGCAAAUAAGCAGGCAAUUUCCUCUUUCACGUAUUCUCAUGCAUGUUCAAAUAGAUUUUCAUGGCCAAUAACUGUCUCAAGUCAUAUAGAUUCAGGAUACCAUUUCUUGCACCUAACUUAAGGGAUGUGAACCUUUUUGGUCCUUGGCUGCUUAUAUCAACAAAUUUGAAGUUUUCUGAAUUCAUUUUUAAAAAUGUUAUUAGAACAUUAGUGAUAGAAUAGUACUGACUGGAUUUUCUUCAUGUUGUAUGUCUUUAAAUUGCAUUUGUGAUGACCUCAACGGGUAUUUCUUUGGAGAACAGUUUAGAAUGGACUUUGGUGGCAACCACUGGAGUGGCACCUAUUACGGAGCCCCUGUUUAUGAUGGUUAUGGAUAUGCAUUGCCUCCUCCUCAUGAUCCAAGCAUAUAUGCUGCUGCCUACGCUGCUUACCCUAUCUAUGGAGGCCACCAACAACAAGUAAACUGAAGAAACAAAGUGCAACUGCAGGAGUAGCUCCUCUCACAAGUCACAACAACAGCAUCAUGCUUGAAUGAGGAAAAUUAACUCUUGAUUUGUAACUUGCUUGAUCUGUUGAAAAUUCUGAUAAGAACCCCCUCCUAAUUGUGGAGUGGAGUUGAAUUUUGGCAUCCUGAAGUAGCACUUUAGGGAUUAAUUUAAUGAUAUGAUUACAUUCAUAGGAAAGUAACUAUAAUGAGGAACUUGUUUAUUGGAAUAAUUUAAGUAUGAAAGAUUUGAGUGUGCUUGCUUGA